CCGGGCCCUCGCGAGGGGUGAUGGGAGUUGUGGUCCGGCUCCAUCCGGCGGCUCGAAGGCCCCGCCCUUUCACUUCCGGGGUCGUGCAGUUGAACCCCCGCUUCCUAGGCCGAACCGGAAGGCGGGAAGCGCCGCUCUCCCCACAUUUCCGCGGAGAAGCGGGGAGAAAUGUUCAAAGCAGACCUGAAAUGGCUUCCAUGAAUUUUAGAUGUAUCCAGGCAUCUAUUUCUAGAAUGCAAGCAUGUAGGCAGCUACUAACUCGAGGCACAGCCUUGAACCAUUUUGGCCAGCAAAUUAGGCAGUUCAGGUUAUGUCUCCAUGGUUCUUCAACAUUGCGAACAGUGUGUUCAGUCUGUGGUUUUCAGUGCACGGCUUGUAGAAACUAUCAUAUGGAACUGGGAAAUCACCCCGGCUAUGUUACGGGAAUGGUGCAACUCCAUGGAGAAGCUGGUAACAGUGUAAAAUCUGGCAGCACGUGGACAGAUGAACAGGUGUUUUUGAAGAAGUUGAACUGUUUCUGUUCAUACAAAGACAUUUUCAGAUUUGUAAGCACAUUGGAAAGUUUAUCUGACACCAUGGUGGCAGCUGUCCUUCAGCGGUUGUGUGAUGUUCAACUGGAGGACAGUAUGUUGAAUAAUCCAGAAGAGGUGAUGGAGGAUGAAGUCUUCAGGUCACUUUGCUUCCAGCUGGAACAAGAAUCACCAAGCCUAUCUGAAUCUGGUCUUGUAAAUUCACUAAAUGCUUUGAUAAAAUUACGUGUGGAUCCCUGGAGUACCUUGAUGGUUCGUUUGGUGUCAGAGAGCCAAGAACGUCUUGAUAAAGGCCAGAUGACUAUUAGAAAUCUGUGUGUUCUUGGAGAAUCCUUGUUCAAUCUAGAGGGUCCAAGUUGUGCUAUUCUGGAACAAAUUAUGGACCAAGUUCAAAGUACAAACCUGGAGGACUGGAAGGCUGAUGAAAUGGCUAUGGUCUACAAAAUGCUGCAGCUGGGUGUCGGGGAGAGAGGGAAGUACCAAGCCCUAUUAAACAAAAUGAGCAAUUUAACUGUAACUCGGGUUCCUCAGUUCAGCCCUGAAAUGACAAGUACAGUGUUAAAUGCUGUGGUGGUUCUUGAUCAAACCCAAGCCAUUCCUCUAGUGAUAAAGCUUUGCAAGCAUUCAGUACGGCACAUCCCAUAUUUCACUGACAAUGAGCUAGAAAAGGUGCUGGAGGCGUUCAUUCAUUUUGGACACAACGACCAGUUCUUCACUGAAGCUCUAGAAAGACAUGUUGCCAAAUACGCCUUCACCAUGCAUCCCUGUGCCGUUUCCAAAGUCAUGCAGUUCUGCAGCAGGAAGCGCAUCCUUUCUAAAAGCAUCUUCAAUGCAGUGGCAGAAAGUUUCAUCUACAAUGCUGACAACUUCACCACUGCUCAGAUCGCUGAGCAGAUUAUUCCAUUUGGGAAACUCAACUAUUUGCCUCCGUGUGCUCCUUCUCUUUUCCAAAAGCUUGAAAGGAUACUCAGCACUCGAUCGGCCCAGUUUCAGCCUCAUGUAUUCUUGAGCCUUCUUCAUGCAUGCACCCUAGUUGAACGCUAUCCCCUGAAUUUCCUGGCAAAAGUCUUUAGUCCCUAUUUUCUGCAGCAGUUGCAAGCUGAAGGACCUGGUUUGAAGAAGUCUGUUCUUUCUCAGUUGACCCAGCUAUUUCUAACAGUUACACUGGAGUGUCCUUCCUAUGAGGGUCCCCAACUCCUUCCCAAGUACAUUGUCAAGUCCUUUCUCACGCCAGAUCGUUCAAUGGAGUCCUUGGUAGACAGUCACCUCUACAGCAGAGUAAAGGCUGGCCUCACUGACCUCUUGGGGGCCCGGAUAUAUUUUGCCUCUCACGUGUUGACACCAUACUGCUAUACUCUGGAUAUUGAGAUUAAACUCAAUGAUGAAGGAUUUGUACUACCAGCUAAUAGACAUGAAGAGGCGUACCAAAGAAUAGCUCUCUGCAUUGAUGAUCAAAGAAGAUUUUGCACCAACAGUCACAAUCUUCUUGGAAAAGAGGCCAUUAAGCAAAGGCACCUACAGCUAGCUGGUUACGAAGUUGUGCAGAUUCCAUUUUUUGAAUUUGAGUCACUGAAGACCAGAAGUGAUAUAGUGGAAUACCUGCACAAGAAAAUUUUUUCUAACUCUUAUAGGCUCAGCUGGUGAUUGAAAUAGAAUCCAAAUGAUGCUGACAGAUCUAUGAAGAUUGGAUUAUUAUUAUUAUUAUUAUUUUAAAUUUGGGACUUGGUAAGCUACUGUGAUUUUUAAAAAACUGAAUCUUGUUUUCUGGGCCAGUCAUUGAGUUAUCGAAUUGUAGAGCUGGAAGAGACCCCAAGGGUCAUCUAGUCCAACCCCCUGCAAUACCGGAAUCUCAGCUAAAGCAUCCAUGACAGAUCCAACCUCUGCUUAAAAACCUUCAAGAAAGGAGAGUCCACCACCUCCUGAGGGAGACCGUUCCACUGUGGAACAGCUCGGUCCUCUAACAAUACAUAAAGAGAAUGUGCCAAAAGGCUGGUAAAAUACAACUAGAUUUAUUUUUUAGUGUGACUGUAUUCAUCCCAAAUAAAACUGGGAAAAAUAUUUUGUUACACUCCCCCCCCCAGCCCAAAACAAAUUGCCACAGGAAAUGCCAAGAGAUUUGUUAUUUUCAGGCUAUUUACUCUUCACAGGUGCCUGAAUUUGUGAGCUGAACUAGCAGUGACAUUAAAGUGAUGUUUAAUGUUAAUAGCUAGCAGGAGAGGCUAUUUUACUAAGGGAUCACAGGGAGGUGUGUUAGUUAUUUCUUCCCCACUGCAAUCCUGAUUAAGACCAACACUGAAGCUGCUAUAUUGGUGCUAAUGGAAACUCCCCUUCUAGGGCUAAUUCCACCAUUUGGACUAUACAGGGGGAAAGGAUUAAACUCAUUCACUGAAAAAACACCCACAUUUGCAGUGAAAGUGCUCCAACCUUGUUAGUUUCACCUCUAAGAAGUCCUUCCCCGUCUUGUUGCAACAUCUUAUAAGAGAGAGCUCCAGAACCAUUUUAAAGCAGUUAAAUGAAAACCCAUCCCAGACACAACUUCCAGACACAUUUGCUUGGACCCCAAAGUGUCAGGUCGCUUAGACAUUGCCCUUUGGCUUCUGGCCCCUUAAAGUUACAGUAAUACCUGUGAUGGCACUAAAAGAAACAUCACUGCCAGUCCAAGUGACUCGUAAGUUUCUUCCAAAUUGCUUCUCGCCUCAAGCCAUGGUUGUGUCUGCCUGCUUUUUACAGCUACAGGCCAAGAGCUGUAACAAUAACAAUACUGUAUGGAAAUAGAGAUUUAAAUAGAUAUUUGGGGCUGUAAAUCUUGAUUUGAAUAAUUCCCUUCAAGCACUAGGGCAGGGAUCGCCUGGCACAUUUUGAAUUCUGAGAAAGUGCCAUGGACACCCUUCAAAAAAUGGCUGCCAUGGAGGAGAGGCAUAAUAGAAAAUUGGGGAGACUUUAGUAAUUGCCAUCAUUCCCACACCUGGAUAACCUCUGGCUUACAAUGGGAAGUCUGCUAUGUCCUGCUGAUCCUGAGUGUGGAGUGCACAAUAUUGAUUCUCUCUCAGACAAACACACAGAGGAUGUUGCUGCCUAAUUGCAACAGGGAGCAUUCCCCAGUACCAAGUUACAAGGUGCCCGCACCACAUUCACACUCAGGUGCACAUAGAACCAUCAGGUGAUAGAACUGUAGAGUCAUCUAGUCCCACCCCCUGCAAUGUAGGAAUCUCAACAAAGCAGACACAUACAGACCGCAGGCACACAGCCAUUGGUCUGCCACCCACACAGACAUCUCUCUCACACAGGCCACAAAUACCUGUGUUCCUUCUCUCAAAGAGCACUUAUGCUCCUCCCCCCCCCUUCUCACUACUCAGGCAGCUCUUCCUCUGGGCACCCAUGGGAUUUUUUCCCAGACCAGAGUGGGGAAGUAAGUGAGAGGGGUUGGAGCAGGCUAGUUUCUCACAAAAAAUUGGCGGAAUGCUGCUUAUAUAUUUUGCUUCAUAUCUCAGAUUCUAAAAUACUAUAAGCUUUUCUUAAAAAUGAAUCGGGGGGUUAUGGUUCAUCCCAGAUGCAUCAAAGAAGGCCUUUGCAGGCGCCAUAACACCUCUGAAUGUGAGGUUGGUGACCCUUGAACUUGGACACAGCUCCAGCCCAAGUUUGGUGGGCUGCCUUUGGCUCUGUGAAUCAUGAUGUGCAUACUGUACUGUCAAAUAAAUGCAUAUCUUUUCCUAA